AUGGAAGAUAUUCUUCUUAAUGAAAGAAAUAAUAUAGGGACAAUAAGUAAAUUACAUUCUUUAUGCAAGUCUUUUCCAUUGGACCCUAAGUCUAGUUUUGAUCCUAUCUACAAGAUCAGUAUCAAAUUAAAAUCGCUUAUACAGACGUUGCAAACUUUAUAUGAUAAACAUUGCACCCUUUAUUCUACAUUAGCAAAUAAUGUUUUGGAUAAUAGUAAUAUAGCUAUAUAUAAUGACGCUGAUUUUUUAGUUCCUUAUGAAACUUUUUUUCAAAAUGGUAUAAGAUUAAUUUUUAAUUCCACAAAUUCAACAUUUAGGUCACUAGAAGAAUCUGAUUUUAUUAAACUAUUUAUUUCAAUAUAUUCACAUUUAAAAAUUUCACUUCAAAACGUUACCGAAGUACAAAAAUUGAAUCAAGCAGUAAAAAAUUUUGAGAAUGAGUUUCAUCAAGAAUUUAGAAAAGCUUACUCUAAUUCAUAUAAAGGUGGUAAAGUAAUUGACAUUCUAUCUUACUCGUCAAAUAAAAUCCAAUAUCCUGAUAUUGAAUCAAAAAAUAUUGUCCAAACUCACUUAGUUAAAUUAAACUCUCAGAAAUUAGGACUCAAAAAGAUGUUAGUGGAAAUUGUAGAACUUAAUACCAAUGAAUUAGCGUUUUUUAAAAUCGAGUCACAUCUUUCAAUUACACCUAUGAAAUGCACUGCACAUAAUUUAUUAAAAGAAUUACGUACGGGUAGAUUUCAACUAUUAAACUUCAAUAAAUGGUUAUUAUUUGUGCCGUUAAAGCCAAAUGAUAUAAAGAUUUUAGAAUAUACUAAUACUGGAUUGAAAAUGGAAACGCUGAUCGGUAACAAUGUUCAGUUAUCUAUAAAUUCAGAAAAUUUAUUGGAAUGGAAGACCAUAUGGAAGAAAAAGUUCGAACAAUAUUUUGAAGAUAGAAGAGAAAAACCAUCACAAAGAAAGAAAUCAUUGAGGUCAGAGCUAUUCUCAAACAUCCUUGAUGUUAAUUCAUUUGAGCAAAACAAUCAAAAUUAUAUAGAAUAUAAUAAAAACUUGGAUCUUAACUCACAAACGUAUCACGUUAAUAGUUUGAUUGAUUUAAAUCAACCUUGCAUUAAAGAGAAAUCUAUGACAGAAAUAGAACAUUUAAGCUAUGAAAAAUUAAUGGAAUUAAACAAUAGUAUCCCUAUUGAAUUAUCUCCAGCACCUCAACAGGCCCCGUUAUCAAAACAAAUAAUAAGAUCUGUGUCAGAUAUAUGUACUAUUGAACAAGUAGACCCUAGAAUAUCGACUGAGAGUGAUACACAUGAAAUAUACAGUAUUAUUUCCGAGAUAGAGGAUGCUCAUCUUGACGACAACGAUAAUGAUGAAGACAAUACUGAUAUGUUUGAUAGUUCUAGUAUAUUUUAUUCAAAUAUAUUAGACUAUGAACCAAGACUAUUAAAACGAAGAUCAAGUUCAUUAUUAAGUAUCUUUAGUUCUAAGAAAAAAUCGGAUAAAGAACAACCUCAACAUACUGGACCUUAUUUUUCAAAGUCAUUUUCACAAUCUUCAUUUAUGUUUGGCGAGAUCAAAAACAGUACACAAGAAUUGGUUAAAAAAACAUAUGUAUCUGGCUUGGAGCAAGAUGAUCUAGUUAAUAGUUUAAAUUUAUUUCAUGACCAGCUGAUAAACUUAUCAUAUUGGACUAAAGAUAAUUGUUGGAAAAAUAUUGGUGAUAAAAGUGUUACACUUCAGAUUUUACGUUUGCGCAAUGGUUCAACAAUUAUGUGCGCAUAUAAAGGAGAAGAUCAUAAUAAAUGUUAUCUUGUUUCUAAAGUUUCUAGUAAAGUAAAAGUGAUGCAGACAACUGCACGAGAUGUUCAACUAAAAUUUAGUAGUAAAGAAGUUAUUAGACAUUCAUUCCCUCAUGAUAUAGAUACAUUGUUGUUAACAGCCAGAUAUCAUAAUACUGAAACACUAUUAAAUAUUUUAUCAAAAAGUAUUAGGAAUAAUUUUAAGAACCAACUGCCAAGUUCGGUUACAGAAGAAACGCUAUCUACAAAGGCUUCUUCUAAUUUAACAUCUUCUAUAUUUUCCUAUAAAUCUUCUUCAUCUUUUUCAUCUAUUUCUUUGGACAAAUUUGGGACAAAUGAUAGUUCGUAUUCCAAUUCUCUGAAUACGAAGGUUACAAGCACUAAGAUCCAGUUACAUCUACUACUAUCUAACGUUAGAACAAAAUAUCACAGUCUAGAAAAUGGCAAGUUUUGGAAACUACUUGACAUAGGAAACACUACAAUAUAUUCUCAAAAUAUACAGUAUAUUAACGCUAACUUUCGAGUUGGUGCUACAUUUGAAUUUGUUGCUUCAAGUGGUACAGUUAAAAGGUUUACUUGUCACAUUUCAAAUAUUCAUAGGCUAAAAAAGACUGGAAUAGUGAUACAAGACGAGAAUAAUGAAUAUCAUUUAUUGGCAUUUUCAAAUUUAACUAUUGCUGACCAUGUGUUUAAGUUAAUUCAUGCAGUACUUUAA